UCGGUUGAUAACAGCGGUUCACGCUGCAGGCUGGAAUUAGUGUUACCCAAGGUGGUAUUGUGGUAAUACCCGUGAAAAGAACCGUCGUCCUGAACUUCUACUUCCUUCUUCCACAACGAUCGAAAUACUGUUCACAAAUGUUUCAUGCUUCUCGACUCGUAACUAGUUUGUUGAUCGAUAACGGGCGAAAACCUGAGAUCUCCACUUCAUUUGGUUUACAUGGAGUUCAGACCCCGCACUUACGAUGCCGAUCACGAGUCUCAUGUGCUUCCGCGUGUUCCUGCUGAUAGCCAUCCUUUAGCAGCUCCAUCAUUUUCUGACGUCCAGGUUGAUACAAUUGAUCUUGGGAAUCAUGAAUUUCUUGAUCCACUGGGAGGAUUGGAUGGAGAUGCAAAGGCGAUUCCAUUUGAUCAUGAAAUUCCUAGUGAAGCUGCUAGUCAUCCACCAACAAAGGAAUGGACCUCUUUUAGGAGAUUACUACAGAAAAGAUUCCCAGUUUCCAAAGUGAUCUCUCUUUCUUCUGUUCCUGAGGUUUUGAUGAGGAGUGGAAAAUCUCUUGAGAAAUCCUCAACAAAUAUGCAUAUGGAGGAACUAUAUGAUCCAAAAAAAUUUUCAGAUGAUGAGGUCAAAGUGAUUGCUUGGCAAGAAUAUGUUUCACGACUACAUGAGCUCAAAGAUGAAAUUGCUCGUUCUUGGGUGGUUGAUGAUCGUAUAACAUCCUUAAAGUUAUCUGUAAAAGUGGCUAAACUUCUGAUGGAUACAUCAAUUUUGCAGUUUUAUCCUACACUCUUUGUCCUUGUCACAGAUAUCAUGGACAUGCUUGGAGAUCUGGUAUGGCAAAGGAUGAAACAGAAGGCUGAGUUUUCCGCAGAUGGAACCUUACUUGGUAACUUACCAGAGAACUUUAAAGCAGUUGAUAUCUGCUCUGAUGCUAGAGAAACUUGCUAUAACUGGUUUAGCAAAAUUGGUUCUGUGCGAGAGCUUCUUCCACGCAUUUACUUGGAGCUGGCAAUAUUACCUUGCUGGCGUUUUCUUCUUGACGAGCCUCUGGAUAGUCUGAAGCGCUUGGUAAUGAUGACCAGAGGAUUAGGAGAUCCAGUGGCAUUUGCUUAUUGUCAUCUAUACAUGGCUCACUGCGCCCAGAAGUUACCUUCACAUGAUAUAGGAUAUCUUGUUACAUGUCUUAAUGACAUCAGAGUUAUCUUGAUCCGAAUCUUAUCCCCAAAUGAAAGCAUAUAUGGAGACAAAAGAAAAUUGUUUGUCAGUCUGAUGGAACCAACCAUUGAGUAUGUUAUGAAUUGCAUAUUUAAGGGGAUGUCUCAGAUGCAAAUCAGUGAUGUUCUUACUGAGCUUGGAUUGAGGAAGAAACAACAGUCUUCUGGCAGUGUCACUUGUGUUUCCGUUUUUCUACAUCAUUUAUUGAAGGAACUCCCAAUUGAAGUAAUUUUCUCAAAUAUUAUUGAAAUCCUUCAUCUCAUUGAGUGUAGCAAGGAUAAAUCCUUUGAUCAGCAUAUGAAUUACAGAUUGCUUGGAUUCAGGCUUAAUGAAAGGAGGUGCUCGUAUGACAUUGCCAAAACUGUCCUUGAUAAAGUCAUUCAGGUCAUUGAGCAGUAUGAUAGCUUACUCGAGUACUUAAAGGUUGUAGAUGCUUAUGCAGAUCUCAUUCUUCAGAAUCGGAUGGAUAAUAUUCUAAUCACCAUUUUAGAAAGCAUAUCCCGAUAUGCAUAUAAAGGGGUUAUAGAAGAUGAAAUGCUAAGCUUGCAGUCUCUAUUGGUGAAGCUUCUUUCUCAUUUCACAUGCCUGGAAGAUGUAUUUGCGCUGAAUCACUUUCCUGAAGUUUUAGAUAUAACGCAUGGGAACACACGGACUGUUGUCUUUAUUCGCAUCCUUGAUAUCGCAACAAGGAAUUGUCACACAAGACACCCAACAACCAUACAGUUGCUUUUUGAAAUUUCUCAGACCCUACAUGAUGAUAUGGAAUUUAUGAAUGUUAAAGAUGAUGAUAGCCAUGUGUCUCGGCUGAUCUCUUGCUUUGUUCACAUGGUAGAUUAUGGAGCUGAUGUGGAGAGCCAUUUAGCGUUUUUGGUUGAUUGCAGAGGAGCUUUCAGUAGAUUAGAGGAAAUUAAGGAAACUCUUGUUCACUCCAGCAACUGUUUAGCUAUUCAUGCAUUGAGGUCUAAAAAGCAUCUCAGUUUUGUUAAAUCCUGCAUAACAUUUAGUGAGAUCACGGUACUUUCUAUUUCUGCUCAGAGGAGGCAAUUUGAUCUUCUUCUAGAGACAGCCGAGGUUGCUUUAAUAGGGGGCUUGUUUUCUCAUUCAGAUGAACUCAUUGACUCAGCAAUUGGCUGUUUGCAGAGUUCAGACAUAAGAGACGGAUUUCGGACCCCAAAUGAUGUUGGGGGACUAGUCUCAUCAAUUACAAAGCUAUGCGGUUUCUUGGUUAUGGUUCCAGGUAAUUUUAGUCAAGGAUUCACCUAUUUCCCUAGUAACUUGUUCAAUGUGAUCAGCUCCCAAUCAUGGAUUGAACCAAAACUGAGGAUACGUAUUUUUUCUGCUAUCAUUUUAUUGUUGACGACUUGGUCACAAAACAAACUUCCAUAUCAUGCAAAUAAGGAGGUUCCAGGCAAUGACACGUUAUACUAUGGUAAUUUAUCUUACAAGCAAGAACUUGUUUCUUUCUCCAAUAUUAUUCUUCAAAACUUGGUUAAUGCCAUUCAAGAAGAGCCUUUGCAGGCUGCUAGAGGAAUCAUGGCGCUUGAAGCAUGCAACUCCAUUGCAUCAUCUUUCAAGUUAAGCAAUGAAGUAUCGUCUGUUUGCGUCUCAUUGAUAGAAACUGGAAAGUCAUGUUUGAGUCCUCAAGACAAAUACCUGCAAUCAACCAUUCAAUUUGUAGAAAAACAGUUGCCAGCUUUUGCAAGAGCGUUGCUGUCUUCUGUGUGAUUUGUGUCUGCAUAAGUUUUCCCCUUCCAAAUAUGGCAAAGCUUAGUGGCAUCUGGAGUCUCUCCUUUUUCCUUACUCUCAUUUUCCCUCCUUUUCUUUGUUAUUGUUAGAUCAAAGCUUUUCAACGGUUCUGAUUUAAUUUUUGAUAAAAUUAUCAUUAUAAUUUUACAUAAAAAUAUAUAGCUAAAAUACUAUAGUUUUAAAUUGUUUAUAUCAAAAUUUAGUAGUUCAAAUAUAUUUAUAUAUUUUAAUGUAAAAUUAUAAUGAUAAUUUUAUCAAAUAUUAAACCAGAACUGUUAAAAAGCUUUGAUCUAACGAUAAUGAAAAUAAAAGGAGGGAAAUGGAGAGUAAGGAAAAAAGAGAGACCCUCUCCAAGCAGGAUUGAAUUCACAGCUGCUCACCAAGGGCGAGUAAAGGGCUAUUGGCGGUGUAGGUUAGAUUUGAUAUGAUCUGCGGACUAUAAAUUGUAAUCUAUUGUUUAACUGUACCUACAUGUUUUCCUCCUCAUUUUUUGGGGUAGCUUAUUGUUAAUGUUGACUUCAUCUUUCAUUGUUUCCAUUAUUUUUUUCUUCCAAAAUA